UGUUUUACGAAUAUUUACUUCACGAUUCUAAGAUGUUCUUGUUGAUGGUAAAUAUAAAAACGUAUAUUUAUACACGGUGUAUUAAGAAAUCCUAUGGUAGACUCCUAUCCUAUAACUGAUAAAUUAUCCAAAACCCUUACGUUAAUAAAAUUUUGAUUACAAUUAUUGUAGACAAGUACUUAUCUUCAGAUUUAGAAUUUGAAAAAUUCUUAAACAGGUCUUAAAAAUUAGGCAAUAUUCGUAUUUGGUUUUCAUUUAAUCGACAAGCAUGUGUAUCUACCUUUAGGUAUACGAGUAACUUAUUUAGGUCUAAACAUUGCCAAUCUGCUGACCCUAACAACGCUAUAAAUGCUAACAAAGUAAGAAACUUGUAGUAAUAACUAACCUUCUCAGUGGUAAUGUUGUUUCUAACACUUGUGUGUUGCAUUUGUUUUUUGUGGGUUUUGUGGAAAAGAAAAUGGAAAACUGCGUAUUCUUUGCCUCCAGCUCUAUCAGGAAAAUUACCUUUAAUAGGACAUAUUCAUCAUUUCUUAGGUGAUACUACCCAAAUAUUUGAAACCCUGAGGAAGAUUACUGAGGAGUGCGAUGAGAAAGGAGGCGUCAUCACAUUGUCAAUAGGACCGAUGACACUAUAUGGCAUUACAGAUAUUGACGAUUGUGCCACCAUUGCUAAUACGAGUUACAAAAAGGCUUUUUAUUAUGAUUUCUCUAAGCCUUUGGUUGGAGAAGGAAUAUUUUCUGCUGAUGUUCCAAAAUGGAAAUUACACCGAAAACUGUUGAACCCAGCGUUAAAUGUGCAGAUAUUGAAUGGCUAUAUGGGUAUAUUUAAUAACCAGUCAAAGAAACUUGUCGAAGACCUUGCUGUGGAAGUUGGGAAAGGAUCGUUCGAUCAGUUCCGUUAUUUGCUAUUAAAUAAUUUAGAGACUGUGUUCCAGACUCUAACAUGCGACGGGGACGGAUACACUCCGCUGAACGUUGAAUACGUUGAGAGCGUUCAAAAUAUUCUGAACAUUUUGACAACGAAGUUCUUGAGAGUCUGGUUUCAUAUCCCGUUUGUGUAUUACUUCUCUGAGCACAGGAAAGCGGAGUUGAGAUGUUUGAAAAUCAUACACGAUAUGUCAAACAGGAUGAUUGUUAAGAGAAAGGAGAAGUUGAAAAAUAUGGUACAAAACAAUUGUUAUCAAAAUGAUUCAGGAAAAAGCAAGCCACUGAUUGAUUUGAUGCUGCAACUAGCAGACGACGAUGGCCUCACCGACCAGGAGAUCAGAGAGAACAUAGAUACGUUCCUCAUCGCAGGUUUUGAUACUUUGUCCAGUGCUUUGACGUGCAUAUUUGCUACGUUAGGCUCAUAUCCAGAUGUUCAGAAUCGAGCUUAUGAGGAGGUACUAGAAAUAUUUAAUGAUCCCGAUAAGGAUGUAGACAAAAAUGAUUUACUUAAAUUAGUAUAUGUUGAAGCAGUAAUUAAGGAAACUAUGCGGCUUUACCCUAUGGCGUUUGGAGUUGCCAGAUGUACGGAUACCGAAGUUAAAUUAAAAAACUAUACUGUUCCAGCGGGUACGAAUUGCCUGCUUGGAUUCUGGAGUAUGCAUCGUCAAUCUAUAUGGGGUUCAGAUGCGCAUCAAUUCAGACCAGAGCGAUGGCUGAACCCGGAUACCUUGCCUAAGAAUCCCAACGCAUACGCCCCGUUUAGCAUCGGGAAACGCAAUUGUAUUGGUAAAUCUUACGCGAUGAUGUCCAUGAAGGUGUUGGUAGCUCACGUCUUACACCGGUAUAGAAUCACUGCUGACGUCUCCAAAAUGAAGAUGAAACUUGACGCCGUACUGAAACCAGCAUCGGGAUAUGACAUUUCUUUGGAAAAUAGGAUAUAAAUAUAAUAUGAAUCCUCAAUAAUUUAAUUUAAACAGGAAUUAUGUACCUUUGUAAUAGUAGAUUUAAGUUCUUUUAGUAAUAAAUAUUAUACUUACUGUCCGAUACAAUUGAUAAAAGUACUUAUAUCUACA